UGGCCCAGCCCGGCCUGCCGGCCUCCGCGCGCCCCGGCCCGACCCAUCCGCUCCCACUGGGCGCCCGGAGAGGGUCCGGCCCGGGGAGCGGGGGCCGCGGCCGCCGAGCAUGGGGAAAUCCAACAGCAAGUUGAAGCCCGAAGUUGUGGAGGAGCUGACCAGAAAAACCUACUUCACCGAGAAAGAAGUACAGCAGUGGUACAAGGGCUUCAUUAAGGACUGCCCAAGUGGGCAGCUGGAUGCGGCCGGCUUCCAGAAGAUCUACAAACAGUUCUUCCCAUUUGGAGACCCCACCAAGUUUGCCACGUUUGUUUUCAACGUCUUUGAUGAGAACAAGGAUGGCAGGAUUGAGUUCUCUGAAUUCAUCCAGGCGCUAUCGGUGACCUCGAGGGGGACCCUGGAUGAGAAGCUGCGGUGGGCCUUCAAGCUCUAUGACUUGGAUAACGAUGGCUACAUCACCAGGAAUGAGAUGCUGGACAUCGUGGACGCCAUUUACCAGAUGGUGGGGAACACCGUGGAGCUCCCGGAAGAGGAGAACACACCGGAAAAGAGGGUGGACAGGAUCUUCGCCAUGAUGGACAAGAAUGCUGACGGGAAGCUGACACUUCAGGAGUUUCAGGAAGGCUCCAAGGCCGACCCCUCCAUCGUGCAGGCACUGUCCCUCUACGACGGGCUGGUAUAGUCCAGGCCCAGAGCU